CCGUCCCUCUGCCCCCCCCACACUAAACUAUUGAGGGCGCUCCCGAACAAUUAGUGAUAUGAUCAUCGUACUUCCAGUUCCAUGGAAGAAUAAGAACUUUGUUCCUCCAUGGUACUUCCGUACCCGCCGUAUACAUCUAGUCCAUAUCUAGCGAAAACACCCAGGUGUAUUGAUUAUUUCAAGAUGUAUCGUCUGAGCAUCAGAGACCUCCUAGAUGGAUUCAGUGAUGGCACCUUGUCAUGCGAGGCCUACACACGACGAGUCAUCCAACGGGCUCAGGAUCUGAAAGUCUUUAACCACUUUGUCUCCAUGGAUACGGAUCGGAUGCUGAAGAAUGCCCAGGAGGCGGAUGCCAGGUACAAGAGCAAGACCAACCGGCCUCUAGAAGGCAUCCUUAUUGCCAUGAAGGAUAACAUCGACAUCCAAGGGCAGGUGACAGGAGCUGGCACGCCUGGUCUCGCCGGCCUAAAGGCCAAGCACACCGCCGAGGUCGCUAGGAGGCUCUUCGAUGCCGGGGCCAUCCCUGCCGGGCGGACUGUCAUGCACGAGUUGGCCCGCGGAUCAUCCACCACUAACCCCUACACGGGAGACAGCCACAACUUCCACAACUUUGACUACACCUGUGGGGGAAGCAGCGGGGGAAGCGCUGGAGCAGUUGCCGCUGAUAUCGUUCCCGCUGCUCUUGGAACCGAUACCGCAGGAUCCAUCCGCAUUCCUGCUUCCUACAGUGGGGUGUAUGGACUGCGUCCGACCAGCAAGCGUUGGCCUUCAAAUUACGGUCUGAAGUUUACGCAUUUGAGGGACUCUGUAGGACCUCUGGCGAGGAGCCUCGAGGACAUUGCCAUCUUAGAUCAGGUGAUGACGGGAGAGGAAGCUCACCCUGAGCUCUUGCCAACAGAGAUCCGAAUCGGUGUUCCCAGGUCCCACUUCUGGGAGGGUCUUGACCCCGAGGUGAAGGAAUGUGCCGAGCAAUUCUUAGUCUCUGUCAAGGAGAAAGGGUUUGUGGUCAUCGAGCAGGGAGGGAUUCCGGGACUUGCUGAGAUCUUCCGGGAUUACCUCCACCCGUCCAUUAACCAUGAGAUUGUCGCAAUAUUGCAAGAAUACAUCCAAUACCACGGCCAUAACGUGACCAUGGCAGACAUUGCUGAAAAGAUAGCCACCCCAGUGGUCAAAGAGGGAUUUGGGAAAGCCAUGAAUAACCCUCCGAGUGAGGAAGUGGUGCAGUCGGCCAUGGAAGCAAGGGACAAACUCAUCCAUGAUGUCCAGAAGUACUUUCAGGACCACCGUCUUGACUGCAUCCUGAUGCCGGCCAGCAAGAUCCCUGCCCCAACCCUCAGUGCCUUCAAGUCGGAGAAAGCAGGAGAGCUCCUGGUCAUCGUGGAGAAUCAUGACUGCGCCAAUGUGUGCAACAACCCUUCCCUGGUCAUCCCGGGAGGGUAUUCCAGAGCUAGCGGAGUUCCCUUCGGCAUGCAGAUUGAAGGUCUUAGUGGAAGCGAUAGCCGGCUGAUAGCAGUAGCUAGAGCAAUUCAGAAUGCCUUACAGUUGUAACUAUUUGAUUAAUACCCAACGGUGGCAGAAGCUUC